CGUAUACCUGCGCAGAAGGCACGCACGUCGAGAGAGGCAGAGCUUCGACCGAGUGUCUGGCAUCUGGGUCGUGGGCUCGACCCAACUUUGUCUGUCAAACGGACCGUCACAAGCUUCUAUCAGUUGGUCCCGGGGGGACAGAUGAUUCAGUUUGAUCUUCCCCCGGGUCAUGAGAAACCCCGAGAAGUUGACCACAAAAGCCAUUGUGUCCGUGAAGCUAUCUAUGACAUCAUUUCCGGUAUGAUCUACUUCAGCGCCGUUGGUGAUCCACCUGUUAUUGGUUACCGAACUCUCGACAACCCUGUAAUGAUGGCCCUUAUGUUUGGGGACGUGGCCGUGGGACUUGCUGUGGAUUAUCUGGCGAAUUUACUCUUUUCUUGUUACUAUUCUAAAAGAUAUAUAUCAGCAAGUGACAAGUUUGGUCGAGAUGCGAAGCAAAUAUAUGAAGCGAAUGCUCAGGUUAACAAACUAGCUUUGGACAGAGACAAGCGGUACGUGUAUUUCGCAUGUGCAAAUUCAAUUGGUCGUGUCGGAUACGAUGGGUUUAACUACGUACGCAUCACAAGGACUGCUAAACCUGCUGGGCUAUAUCUGAAUGAAAACGUCCUCUACAUCUGCUCCAGCGUCACUGACGACAUACACAGCUUUAACCUGACCAGCAAUAAACUCAAGACCAUUGUGUGGGCCGAUAGCGACACCCCACACCGAUGCUGGGACAUUCUUGCCGAAAACGGCCAUAUCUAUGUAUCUCACAUCCAGAAAACGACCAUCAGCAAGUUCUCGCUGAAUGGGGAGAAAGAGGAAGGACUGAAAUACAGCGGCGUAUAUAAGGGCAUCCGGGCACUCGUCUAUGUUCCCUGACCUUGACCUCUGUUCACAGACAGGAAUGGAGCCUGUCGUUCUUGUUCUCUGACUCCUCGUAUGAAUUCUCUGACUUGUGUGUCCGAGGUCUGGUCCCUCGCCUGUGUUUUCUGUUUUGUUUCCUCACA